GUUCGUGCGGAUUUCUCAACAGAUGUCGCUCGAAGGCAAGAACGCGACACAAACUCGAAAAAAAAUAUGUGCCGUAUACUGGGAAGAUGCCGUAAGUGAUCGUAUGUGCCAGAAGUGGUUUGCUAAAUUCCGUUCAGGAGAAAUGAAUAUUGAAGAUGCUCCUCGCUCUGGUCGGCCAGUCACCACCGAUGUCGACCAAAUUACAGCUUUAAUCGAUUCCGAUCGGCAAAUCAGUUCGGGAAAUCGCGGCAAGGUUAAACAUUGGCAAAUCAGCUGUUUCCGAACAUUUAAAUAAACUCCAGAUUAUAAAAAAGCUUGAUGUUUGGGUGCCGCACGACUUAACUAAAAAAAAUCGUAUUGAUCGUAUUUCCAUCAGCGAUUUGCUAUACAAACGCAACGAAUACGAUCCAUUUUUGAAGCGUAUCAUAACAGGCGACGAAAAGUGGAUAAUUUAUAAUAAUGUCGAGCGUAGAAGGUCAUGGAGCAAGCGAGGUCAACCGCCAUCGACCGCUUCAAAGGCAGGCUUACAUCCAAAGAAGGUAAUGCUCUGCAUUUGGUGGAAUUGGAAGGGGAUAGUGUACUAUGAGCUACUACCGAACAACGAAACCAUCAUUCGAACAAGUAUUGUUCACAGUUGGAUAAAUUGAAGGUGGAAAUCGCCAAAAAG